CGGGACUAUAGCUGAAUGACGGCAACCUGAUGCAAUGAGAAUGCGCCUUUGCUCUCUCAACAUAUAUAUAACACAUUUCUACCGCAGUUUCUUUCUUUGGAAUAAUGUCGGCAGAAUAUGUUAACAGAGACAAUGGCCCUGAGGGCAUGGAGCCAGAUGGCAUCAUCGAGAGCAACUGGGAGGAGAUCGUGGACAGCUUUGAUGAGAUGAACUUGCGUGAGACCCUCCUCAGGGGAAUCUAUGCCUAUGGAUUUGAGAAGCCAUCAGCUAUCCAGCAAAGGGCCAUUAUGCCUUGUAUCAAGGGUUACGAUGUGAUUGCUCAGGCCCAGUCUGGCACUGGGAAGACGGCCACCUUUGCCAUUUCCAUUCUUCAGCAGAUUGAUGUGGAGCUGAAAGGCACUCAGGCGCUGGUCCUGGCUCCCACCAGGGAGUUGGCUCAGCAGAUCCAGAAAGUGGUGCUGGCCCUGGGCGACUACAUGGGAGCCAGUUGCUAUGCUUGCAUUGGAGGAACCAACAUCCGCAGUGAGGUCCAGAAGCUGCAGGCUGAAGCGCCUCACAUAGUGGUCGGGACCCCCGGUCGAGUCUUUGACAUGUUGACUCGUAAAAACCUGGCAUCCAAGAACAUCAAAAUGUUUGUGCUUGAUGAGGCUGAUGAGAUGCUGAGUCGAGGCUUCAAAGAUCAAAUCUAUGAGAUCUUCCAAAAGCUGUCAAGCAACACACAGGUUGUCCUCCUGUCAGCCACCAUGCCAGCUGAUGUUUUGGAAGUUACAAAGAAGUUUAUGCGAGAGCCCAUCCGAAUCCUUGUGAAAAAGGAGGAGCUGACCCUUGAGGGCAUUCGCCAGUUCUACAUCAAUGUGGAAAAAGAGGAGUGGAAGUUGGACACGCUCUGUGAUUUGUAUGAAACCCUGACUAUCACCCAGGCGGUAAUCUUCAUCAACACGAGGAGGAAAGUGGACUGGCUCACAGAGAAGAUGCAUGCUAGAGACUUCACUGUGUCUGCUCUGCAUGGUGACAUGGACCAGAAAGAGAGAGACUUGAUCAUGAGGGAGUUCCGCUCUGGGUCCAGUCGGGUCCUCAUCACCACUGACUUGUUGGCCAGAGGCAUUGAUGUCCAGCAGGUGUCCCUUGUCAUCAAUUAUGACCUGCCAACCAACAGAGAAAACUACAUCCACAGGAUUGGUCGGGGUGGACGUUUUGGCAGGAAGGGCGUAGCCAUCAACAUGGUGACUGAGGAUGACAAACGCACCCUGAGAGACAUUGAGACCUUCUACAACACCACCGUCGAGGAGAUGCCCAUGAAUGUGGCCGACCUCAUCUAGAUGACCUGCCAUCACUCACCCCAGCCAGUUGUUUUAGAAGCUAAACUCUACUUUCUAAUCUGCAUUCUAUUGGCUACAUUUCACCUCCACUUUACCCUCUGUAUCCAAACAUUUGUAAGCUGUCUCUGCUUGUGUUGAAUGAUGAUUUUCUGAACUGCUCGUGUCUCCAGUGGUCGUUAAUGCCGGUGGCCCCAAACUGCCCGGUGUGAGCAGCUGUGAGCGGGCGGCUGCUAAGGCUUUCCAGCAGGCCGCCUGUGCAGGGGCACGGACCUCAGGCCGCCGCCGCCCGCCCCCCCCCCCCGCCCGGUGUCAGGGGCUCUGCCCCCGGCCGCCCGGUGUCGGGGGCUCUGCCGCUGCUCACCCCCCCGGUGGUUUUACUGCAGUUCACUUUGUACCUGACAUUGUUGUGAUGAAUUGAAAGCAUUUUAUUUGGCCAGACCAGUAUUUGGAAUAAUAACCUUUGUAACUUAACAGCUUUCAGCCUUCUUUUAUGAUGGGAUGGGGAGGGUUUACGGACCAAACUAAAAGUAUAUUAAAACCGAAAAAUCAAACAUCAAUGUCUCGACUGCGUCAGCUCUCAUUAAAAUGCUGGUCAUCAUGGGGUGUAUGUGGUGUCUUUUUUUUCUUUUCUUUUUUUUUUUUUUUUUUUCUUUUU